CUCUUCCAAGGACGCAAAGCCCCAUCCAGGUCACGAACAGCACGAUGAAUGUGCCCCUUGUCUGCGACUAUGGCUCCGGCUUCAGCAAGGUGGGCUUUUCGGGAACAGCAGCGCCCCUGGCCGUAUUCCCAACCAUCCUCGGGAAACUUCGGCACGACAAUCCGUUGGUGGGAAUGGAAGAGAAAGACUGGUUCAUCGGAGCUGAGGUUCAGAAUAAAAGGGGGCAACUCAACCUGCAGUACCCCGUCUCCCGGGCGACCAUCGCCGACUGGGACAACAUGGAAAAGAUCUGGCAUCACUCCUUCUACCAGGUCCUCCGCAUCGCCCCGGAGCAGCAUCCCCUGAUGGUGACAGAACCGCCUUUAAACACGACAUCCAACAAAGAGAAAGUGUCACAGAUCCUGUUUGAGACCUUCAACGUGCCUGCCCUGUACUUAGCCAACCAAGGAGUCCUUUCUCUGUACGCCUCCGGCCAAACCUCUGGAACAACCAUUGAAUCUGGAGAAGGAAUGACAUACUUCGUGCCCAUCGUUGAGGGCUGUCCUUUGCAUCAGUCGACCAUCCAGAUGGACGUGGCAGGCCAAGACCUAACCUUGUACCUCCUGCAACUAUUGACAGACAGUGGGCACUCAUUGGUGGGCACAGCCGACAGGGAGUACAUCCGGGACGUGAAAGAGAAAUGUUGCCAUGUAGCUUUGGACUUCAACAAGGAAAAAAUGAAAGCCAGCUCGCCUUCCAAUGCACAGAAAUAUCAGCUGCCUGACGGCCGAGAGAUCAACAUUGGGCGGGAGAGGUUUUCCUGCCCCGAAGCGCUCUUCCAGACAAACCUCAUAGGAUCGGUACCAGGGAAGGACGUGGCGUUUCUAAUCCAGCUUAAAUUAGCUGUGUUCGUCUCCAUUUUCCCUGUUAGCUAUGCGGGGGAUGACGGCUUCAAACACAGCACAUGCCCCCUAAAUAUUCACUGCAUAAGUGAAGAAGCCAUCGGAUGA